ACUCGUGUUGCAAGAAUAUCCAAUAACUUCCCUAAUUGAAUCUGUUUUAUUUUAUUUUAUUUCUUGGGAACACUUCCCUAAUUAAACAUGGCCUACAAUUGGAUGAUAGAUGGGGGUGUACCAGGCAACCAAAAUUAGUCAGCGUCAUUGAAGCAUAGCCACGGAAUUGUAUGGAACGGAUGACCGUUUGGGCAUCCGCAUCAUCUUCCGGGCCCCACAUUCCACCCUCGCCCCCGUUCCCUCCAGACUCCAUCCCAACCCCAACACCAACACCAACAACUCCAACGCCAACUCCAACUCAUCUGUCCAUUGUUUUCUUCCUUUGUAUUCUAAACUCUUCUCUGCGUGCAGGUUCUCUCUCUCUCUCUCUACAUAUAUAUCAGAAGUAGAUAGAAGGGAAGCAGUUGUGGAACAUUGAGUUGAAUCGGACGGCGAAGGAGAGAGAGGGAGAGAAUAAGCAUGGCCAUUCCGGGGACGAGGACGCGCGUAGGCAAGUACGAGAUCGGUAAAACCCUGGGUGAGGGUAGCUUUGCCAAGGUCAAGUACGCUAAGAACACCGAAACCGGUGACAGCGUCGCCAUCAAAAUCAUCGACCGUGACCGUGUCCUCCGUCACAAGAUUCUCUCUCAGAUUAAGAGAGAAAUUUCUACGAUGAAGUUGAUCAAGCAUCCUAAUGUUUUAAAACUCAUCGAGGUUAUGGCAAGCAAGACAAAGAUCUACAUUGUGCUCGAGUAUGUUGGCGGGGGCGAGCUUUUUGACAAAAUAGCCAAACUAGGAAGACUUAAAGAGGAUGAAGCUAGGAGAUAUUUUCAGCAGCUCAUCAAUGCUGUAGACUACUGCCACAGUAGAGGCAUGUACCAUAGAGACUUAAAGCCCGAGAAUCUGCUUCUAGACUCAUUUGGUGUUCUCAAGGUUUCAGACUUUGGAUUGAGUGCAUUUUCCCAGCAAAUACGGGAAGACGUGCUGCUUCACACUGCCUGUGGAACCCCAAAUUAUGUUGCUCCUGAGGUGCUCACUGAUAAAGGUUAUGAUGGUACAGCAACUAAUAUAUGGUCUUGUGGGGUCAUUCUGUUUGUUCUUAUGGCUGGAUACUUACCUUUUGACGAGCCAAACCACAUGGCUUUGAAAGCAUUCAAGAACUUAGUUCUUCAAGUUUUUUUAAUUUUUUAAUAUAUGUAAUCACAGUUAAUUUUUUUUUAUUAAUUUCUUUGUAUAUAUUUUUGAACAUUUAACUUUCAUUUAUGAAAUAUAUGACGUUAUUCCAUUCAA